AUGGUGCGCACCAAAAGCGGUCGUUUGAUUGAAAAGAUAGUGAUGCUGACGGAAGCUGAAUACAAAGCGUUUGAGGCGACCGGCGGAGAUUUGAGCGUUCUUCAAAGACUCGGAGGUCUGGCUCAGGGCGAGGCAAUCGAGGCUUGGGAGAAGGCCUCCACUCUCUACGACGGCUCGGAGGAUGAUGAAGAUUUCCUGCAGGGCAGUUGCAUUAUGGCAUUUUAA